AUAUAUACUCAUAAACCCCAACAACUACAAGAACCUGAAUGCAGAAAGCAGAUAGAUAAUAAUAAUCAAAGUAGUAUAGUAAGAGCAACAUUUGGAUAUGAUGCUAAUAAUGACACGUUGAAACUCACUCUUCUUCCCUCAUAUUGCUAUUGUUGCAAACAAAAACAUGAAUCUUCAAAUUUCAAAUAGCAUCGAUUCUUCACUUCAACUCCCAAAACCCUUAUCCUCUCAUAAAACAAUCUUCUUCACCCAAUUCCCUCACUCUUCUCUUUCUCAACACAUUCUCAGAACCAAAUUUCCUCACAAUAAAAACCCUCGCAAAUGCAAACUCAGAAUCACCGCUUCCAAUUCUCUUUCACUUUCAUCCUCCAACCAACAAGACUCCGAAUCUAUUCAGCUUUUCGAGAAACUGAAGGAAUCUGAAAGGGAACGGGUGAAUGAGUUAGAAGAACUAGAGAGAAAGGCUAAUGUGCAGUUAGACAGGCAGCUUGUAAUGGCUUCUUCAUGGAAUAGAGCUUUGUUGACUUUGCGUGGAAAAUUGAAGGGAACUGAAUGGGAUCCUGAAAAUUCACAUAGGAUAGACUUCAGUGAUUUUUUGAAAUUGCUUGAUUCAAAUAAUGUUCAGUUUAUAGAGUAUUCCGAUUAUGGACAAACUUUAUCAGUAAUUUUACCAUAUUAUAAGAAUGGGAAAACAUCAGGCGCUGAAGGGAAUCCUAAGGAUAUUGUUUAUCGGCGUCAUGCAGUUGAACGAAUGCCGAUUGAUUGUUGGAAUGAUGUUUGGGGAAAGCUGCAUCAACAAAUUGUAAAUGUUGAUGUCAUUAAUGUAGAUUCUGUACCUGCUGAAGUAUACUCAACGGUUGCAACUGCAGUCAUAUGGUCUAUGCGUCUUGCCCUGGCUGUUGGAUUUUAUGUUUGGAUUGAUAAUUUGAUGAGACCAAUAUAUGGAAAGUCGAUACCUUAUGAUUUGGGAACUCCUCCUCCCACCCCACAAGCUAAGGUGCCCGUCUUAAGAAGACAUGCACUUGGUUCUCUAGGCAAGAGUAGGGCUAAAUUUAUAUCUGCAGAAGAAAGAACUGGUGUUACAUUUGAUGAUUUUGCUGGCCAGGAAUAUAUAAAAAGGGAACUACAAGAGAUUGUCCGAAUUUUAAAGAAUGGCGAGGAGUUUCAAGACAAAGGAAUCUAUUGUCCAAAAGGUGUACUUCUUCAUGGACCCCCUGGAACUGGUAAAACUUUACUGGCUAAAGCCAUCGCUGGUGAAGCAGGGUUGCCUUUUUUUGCUGCUAGUGGCACGGAUUUUGUAGAGAUGUUUGUAGGGGUUGCUGCAUCCCGUGUUAAAGAUCUUUUUUCUAAUGCAAGAUCAUUUGCACCUUCGAUAAUCUUUAUUGAUGAGAUUGAUGCUAUUGGUAGCAAGCGUGGAGGACCUGAUAUUGGUGGAGGAGGUGCUGAAAGGGAACAAGGAUUACUUCAGAUACUGACUGAGAUGGAUGGAUUCAAAGUUUCCACAGCACAGGUCCUUGUGAUAGGUGCUACGAAUAGAUUGGAUAUUAUUGAUCCUGCUCUUUUGAGGAAGGGUCGUUUCGACAAGAUCAUUAGAGUUGGUUUACCUUUAAAAGAUGGAAGACUUGCCAUUUUGAAGGUGCAUGCUAUGAAUAAGUCUUUUCGCUCAGAAGAAGAAAAGGAUACUCUACUUAAGGAAAUUGCAGAGCUAACAGAAGAUUUUACUGGGGCAGAGCUGCAAAAUAUACUGAAUGAAGCUGGAAUUUUAACGGCCAGGAAGGAUCUGGAUUACAUCGGCCGUGAUGAGUUGCUUGAGGCCUUAAAAAGGCAACAAGGAACAUUUGAAACAGGGCAAGAGGAUACUACAAAAAUUCCUGAAGAACUGAGACUGAGAUUGGCUUAUAGAGAAGCAGCUGUUGCUGUUCUUGCAUGUUAUUUUCCUGAACCCCACCGCCCUUUUGUCGAGACUGAUAUAACAUCUAUUCGCAGCCAGCCAAAUAUGUGUUAUAAUGAAGUUUCUGGAAAGGUUUUUAAAAGGAAAUCAGAUUACAUAAACUCUAUAGUGCGUUCUUGUGCUCCAAGAGUAAUUGAGGAGGAGAUGUUCGGGAUCGACAACUUGUGUUGGAUGUCUGCAAAUGCAACAGUAGAAGCUUCAAGGCUUGUAGAAUUUUUGAUUCUACAGACUGGAAUGACUGCCUUUGGGAAAGCAUAUUACAGAAACGAAACCGAUCUUGUGCCUAAUCUUGCAGUGAAACUUGAAGCACUACGAGAUGAGUAUAUGCGUUAUGGUACAGAGAAGUGUUCAUCUGUGCUAAGAGAAUACCAUUCAGCAGUUGAGACAAUCACAGAUAUUUUGCUUGAAAAGGGGAAAAUCAAAGCUGAGGAGAUUUGGGACAUUUAUAAGAGUGCUCCUCGUGUAGCUCAGCCUUUUGUGAGUCCAAUUGAUGAAUAUGGAGCACUAAUUUAUGCUGGACGAUGGGGAAUCCAUGGGAUCAGUCUUCCUGGAAGGGUUACAUUUGCACCAGGCAAUGUUGGAUUUUCGACCUUUGGAGCACCACGCCCUACGCAGACGCAAAUUGUCAAGGAUGACACAUGGAAACUAGUAGAUGAUAUCUGGGAUAAAAAGGUUCAAGAUAUUAGAGAUCAAGCUUCAAGGGAGAUUGAAGAAGAGAAAGAAAAGCCACAACUUUUGAUGGCAAGUCAUUUCCUCUGAGGGGAACUUGUAUUUGACUGCAGGAGCUAUCUACUUGCGCAAAGAGUACAAAUCAUCUGUCAGUUAUGUAACAACAAUAGCGACAAUGUCUCCUUUAUGCGGAAUUCAUGGAUCAAACUAGUUACUCUUGUGUUUUCGACCUUUAAUCUAUAAUUGUAAAUUUGUAUCCUGCUCUUUUAGUUGUUAAGCUGUUCUAUUAGGGUAUUUUGCUUCUCUUUCCCAGUUCUUUAUCAGCUGGAAUCUCAAUUUGGAGUGCAUAGUAUCAAAAUGAAGUUUGAUCCUCUCUCGAGCAAUCUAGCUGAAGGUGAUUCAAUUUUGUGGAAGAGGCCGCCUUUUUCGUCACAGAUAGCACACCAGGUCUGUAUGAGCUGUAUAGAGUAAGUGAAAUGCAUUACUUGCUAGUUACUUAACAUAAUGUAAUUCAUUUUAGGGAUGUUGAGGCAGUUGCAUAUCAAUUGACUUCAAAUGUCUAUGUUGUUGUAACUUUGUGAUUGUAGUCUUUAAUGAUAAAUUAAAGUGUAAAGAAUAAAUAUCGUUACACUGUUUUUCUUUA